ACACUAUUUGUCCAUCCAUCCAUACAUUCGCACAAGUGUUUACAGCAAAGCAGACGCACCUUGAUAUUCUGAGGGGUGCUUUUGAUUUCACUACAUAAAUAAUGGAGACUGGCACAAACCAAACCGCACCCGAGAAAAAAGUGGUUUUAGCAUCGUUAUCCACUGGGAAAUUCUUCGAAGUCCCCGACAAGGACAUUCCAGGGAGAUGUCGUCUAGUGACGGAAUUCGAGAAAUUGAAUCGAAUUGGGGAAGGAACCUACGGCAUUGUGUACAGGGCGCACGAUCUCAAGUCUGGCGAAAUUGUGGCCAUGAAGAAAGUGCGGAUGGAGCAAGAGAAAGAUGGCAUACCCGUGAGCGGUCUACGUGAAAUCAACCUGUUGCUUAACAUCCAGCACGUGAACAUCGUCAACCUCAAAGAAGUUGCGGUUGGGAAAAGUCUCGACAGCAUUUUUCUUGUGAUGGAGUACUGUGAGCAAGACUUGGCGAGCCUUCUGGACAACAUGCAGAGUCCGUUCUCAGAAUCGCAGGUGAAGUGCAUCAUGAUGCAGCUCUUCAAGGGACUGCAGUACCUCCACAAAAACUUCAUCGUACACAGGGACCUCAAGGUGUCGAAUUUGCUGCUCACCGAUAAAGGCUGCCUCAAGAUAGCCGACUUUGGGCUUGCUAGGAAGUACGGAUUGCCAGUGAAGCCAAUGACUCCUCGUGUCGUCACCCUCUGGUACCGUGCUCCAGAGUUGCUGCUUCAGGCCAAGACGCAGACGACGGCCAUCGACAUUUGGGCUGCGGGGUGUGUGCUGGGUGAACUUCUGCUCCACAAGCCACUGUUGCCAGGCCGAAGCGAGAUACAUCAGCUUGAGCUGAUCAUUGAUCUGCUCGGCACACCCAACGACAUGAUCUGGCCUGGCUAUUCCAAGUUGCCCGCACUGGAGAACUUCACCCUGAAACAGCAGCCCUACAACAACCUGAAGCACUUCUUUCCCUGGCUGUCGCCGGCCGGCAUCCGGCUUCUCAACUUCCUCUUCAUGUACGACCCCAAGAAGAGGGCAACCGCCGAAGAGUCGUUGCAGAGCUCCUACUUCUCGGAGCCACCCCUCCCAUGUGAGGCCGAACUGAUGCCAUCAUUCCCUCAGCACAGGAACCUCAAACGGUCUGCAAUGGCGAAUUGACCACAAUAGAGGGACGUCUAAGGAACUCAAGUUUCACUGUGGUUUUGGGGUGGUUUGCACUUGGGUAAAACGUGCAAGCACAAUUUCAUCAUUUCAUUUCUACCAGUUUAUCUGAAGCAAUGAAUCCCAUUUCAUAUGGAAAAAGUAAAGAAUUAAUAACUCUCAA